AUGGCGGGCGGCGGCGGCGGCGACGUCUCGCGCGCACAGCAGCCAGGCAGGGGAGAGCGGCGUGGACACCGCCAGAAAGCGGCGUGGCUCCCGCUCGACAUCAUCAUCGCGGAGAUCGCGGCGCGCUCCGACCCGGCCACCCUCGUGCGGUGCGCGGCCACGUGCAGGGACGCGCGCCGCCACAUCGCCGAGGACCCCAGCCUCCUCGGCCGGCUCCGCCUCCGCGACACGGAGCGGUUCGUCCUCCCUCUCUUGCGCGGCCACCUGGCGGGGAUCACGACCUACACCGGCGGGGAGAAGACCGACGUGUACAUGGUGGAUACCACCAUCGCGGCGGACGCCACCCGUCUCGUCAAGGCCACCUUCGCUGAGGCCGACCAGACGAUGAGGAGCGUCGUGUCAAUGGACUCGCGCGGCGGCCUCGUCCUUGUCCGCGCCACGACGACGACGACUCAGAAUAACACGCAUUAUCAGCGACAGCUGCUCGUGUGCAACCUGGCUACCCGUCGCUGCCUGGCCCUCCCGCCGGAACCGGCGUUCCCGUAUGCCUACUGGAGUACGGACUGGAGUACGUGCGGCGUACAGUAUGUUCUGCUCAUCGGCGGCAGGGACGACGAGGGAGGUGACGGCGCCGCCGCAGCCGUCAGCCGGCCUUUCCAAGUGCUUAAGUCGACGCUAGUGCUGUCACAGUACCGUACUUACCGUUGCCUGCUGGUGCACACCUUCUCGUCGGAGCACGGCGCAUGGUCCCCGCUCACGGAGAUCCCGACUCCUAACCUACACGGGAGUAGCGGCAAGCGGUACGGAAGGCCGCUGGUCGUCGGCGACGUCGUUCACUGGCUGUACCUGACCGACAGCGGGAGCUACAUGCUCAUGCUCCACGUGAGAGCGGCGCGGGUGAACGUGACGGCUCUCCCGGUGAGCUUCCCCCGCGACGGCAAGAACAUCCAGUACGACCGGAGACAUCAGUACCUCUUGGCGACGUCUACGGCGGGCGGGAACCCCGUCGUGCUCGUCGCCGACGCCGACAGGAUAUCCGCCUGGGAGCAGUCGAAGCACACCAAGAUGUGGAAGCCGCGGCCGCAGGUGGUGAUAGAGAACGAGACGAUCCUUGGGUUCAAGGAUGAUGUCCUGGCCGAGCUUCUCGAGAAGGAGAGGAGGUGGGGGAAGAGGAAGCAUGUCCCUGAGCUAUUGUGGUUUGGUGAGAGGAGUGGCGCCGUGCUCCUUCAGAUUGAUGUCUACUGUUUGCUGUGGCUGGAUCUCCACUCCAAGAAGAUCGUCAGGUGCUUCUCCCCAGAUCGUCGGAUGCAAGUGUAUUGCCCCUACGAGGUGGACCUUUCGUCUUGGGUGCCAACCUUCAGUAAUGCUGUUACCCUUUGA